AUGAAGGAAUGGAUUGCUCAGUGCAGCCAGGAGAGUGCCGAUGUGGACAGUGCCGGUGAAGCAUCUUAUCCAGACUCUUCAGUAGUACCUGUGAAUGGACUUGAAUUCUCAUGCUCCAAGACCAAGACCGCCGACAGCCAACAGUGUGCCUGUGAUGGAAAAGACCUAUCAGCAGCAGUGUCAGAGCUGAAACAAUCUCACCGCAAGCUGAGCGAGCAAAACAGCAGCCUGCUGAGGACGGUGGCUCAGUGUGAAGAUGUCAACCUGCAGCUCACUCUGGAGAUCACUGAGCUGCGGGCAAAGCUGGCCAGUUCCCAGCGGUCAGCCGUUCGAGCCCGAUCCAUAACAGAGGAACUGGAGGAGACCCGUCUAGCAUUUAAAGAGGCUCAGGAAAGAGCCAAUCGUUCCCAAGCCAGCUGCACGAAGCUGAGCAAUGAGGUUGAAUGCCUGAAGGUUCACAUAAGGAGGCUUGACGACAAGAAUGAAAAACUGGCGUUUGAAAAGACAUGUUCUGAAGAUGGCAUGAACAAACUACGAAAGGCCAAUGCUGAGUUAAGGGCUGAACUUCAAGAAACUCUCGUCAUGUUGACUCUGAAGGACAGAGAACUCACAAAGAAAGAUAUUGUUAUGGAUAAGAUGAAGAACUCCCACUUGGAGAAUCACAACAUCAUUGAGGUUUGUUUCACAUGCUUCCACUGCCUCUGCAAAUAAAUAAUACAUAUUAAAAUUAUUUUGCCUUUCUUUU